GGAAUGGUCGUCGACAAUUCCACACUGACCUCCUUCUCUUCCUCUGCCCGUCUCCACGAAGCGAUUUCCUGUCACACCAUCGACACGGCGGACAUGGAGGCCCCACCGGGGUCCGGGAGGAAGCGGAAAUGCAGCGACGCCGCCACCUCGGCGAGCCCACCCGAUCCGUCCGCCGCCGGCAGCGGCGGCAACAGACUCCUGGCCGGGUACCUCGCGCACGAGUUCCUCGCGCGCGGCACGGUCCUGGGAGAGAGGCGCGGGCCCGGUGGGCCGGACACGGGCUCCGAGGCGACCCAGGGCCUGGGGCACGCAGCGCGGUACGAGGCCGUGGCCGCGCUGGUGCAGGGCGGCGGCGCCCGCGUGCCCGGAGUGGUGAACCCGGCGCAACUCGCGGCGUGGGCGACGACGAGGUGAGGAGGCCGCCGGCGAAGGCGUUGAUUUGUGAGCAGGCACAAACUGGGAAGGCUGGGGAGCAACUCCAGCUCUCAAUGUUGUCUCCAGCCCCUGAAUCAUCGGCACUGGAAAAUCAAAGAGCAAAAUUUCCAUUGGUACAUGACGGUUGCUGCAAAAUUCAAAUUCUUAACCGG